CUUGCCCGGACUGCCGGCCGCUCUGAACUACUGGCAACCAGCCGCGGCCAUGCUCUCCCCGGCCCCACUCUGCUGCCUGCUGCUCCUCAGCGUGCUCUGUGCAGACCUGACCUGGGGGGGCUCCAGCUUCCUGAGCCCAGAACACCAGAAAGUACAGCAGAGGAAGGAGUCCAAGAAGCCCGCGGCCAAACCGCAGCCCCGAGCGCUGGAGGGCUGGCUGCGCCCGGGAGCCGGGAGCCGGGCGGGAGGCGCAGACGACGAGCUGGAGGUCCGGUCGGUGCGCGGUGUUCGCUUCUGCGGCGGCGGCGGCGGGAGCUUGGGGGCCACACCCAGGCCGAGAGCAGCCCCCUUGCUGCACCAGAAGCGAGGCCAGGAGCCCUGA